AUGGCGCUUGAGUCAAUAAGUAAAAGAACAGACAAGAUUCUAAUUUUGUUACUCCUAUUCGUUGCUUCUGCUGAUGCGCUAAAUGGGAGGAUCUCGCAUCUGGGUCGGCCCGUGCCGAAAACAGUGACGCUAACGCCUUCAACACACGAUACUGUUAAUACCUUGAAUCUAUUGCACACAUCGAAAGAGGAUGCUAUCCAAAUAGAGUCAGAGAUUGAUGUUAUUGAAAACAAUUCCACUCUGGAAGAAAACAUCUUAAGACAGCUGGAUAAGAAAACAAUAGCAAUUGGCUCAUUUGCAACCGGUCUUGUCAGUGUUUCAGCUUUGGCUAAAUUUGGAAUAUUGAAUGGCCCAUUGGAUACCUCGAGCCAAACAUAUGGCGCUUACACAAGUGGAUUGAUCGGUCAAGACAUUGGGAUGACAAUCUUGACUGCAUUCCUCGGAUAUGCUUUGGUCAAGUUGAUAUCACUGGGUUACGAAAAGGAUUUGUAUGGAUCAAAGGUCUCAAGGAAACUGUCACACGUUCUUUCAGCCCCACUUUUCAUGGUCUUUUAUCCACUCUUCUCUGCCGCCGAUGGGAGCCGUUUUUUUGCGGGUGUAGUCAUCAUGUCAAACAUUAUUCGUCUGUAUCUUGCAGGCAUUGGCCUGGAUGAAAAACUCGCCAAUUCAGUAAGCCGAUCGGGAGACAAAUCAGAAGCAUUGGAAGGACCAUUCAUCUAUGUCUGCCUGUUCGAAAUAUUUACACUUCUAUUCUGGAGGAACAGUCCUAUCGGCGCAGUUGCGAUUUCUACGAUGGCUGCGGGAGACGGAAUGGCUGAUUUGGUUGGAAGAAAGUUUGGACGAAACAACAAAUGGUGGUUUUCGAAGGAGAAGUCAAUAGCCGGGACAGUUGCCUUUGUGGUAGCAUCGGCCCUGACAUCGUUUGGAGUUGUGCAGCUGUUCACGACAACAGGCUAUAUACAAUCUGCACUGCUCCCUAUUGAGCUCUUGACACGUGUAUCCAUCAUUAGUGUGAUAUGUGCUCUGGUUGAGUUGCUUCCAUUCGGGGACGACAAUUACAAUGUACCUAUAACUGCUGCUAUCCUUGCAAGCCUACUCUUGCAGUAUUGA